CCACUCUGUACAUGUGUAUGCGUUUAUAAACUGUGUUGUUUGACUCGCGAUAAGCCUACAUAUGUAAGAGGAAAAACUCCACCUCGAUUGAGUGUGUGGAAAAACGAUUUUUCCCAGUCAUACAGUUGUUCAGUGUGCGGCGGACAUUUCUAUCGAUUCCAGUGUUCCGUCGCUUCAAAUUUUCAGCCUUUUCUGUGGCCAGAUUUUAAACCUUUGCAAUCAAGUGGGAAAAUUGAAAAUAUAUAGUUUUCUGUGCAUUUAUAUCUAUUAGACACAAUCCAGGGACAACUCCGGAACAUCAUUGAAACAUAGCAGCUGAGGUAGAUUUUCUCCUAGAAAAUUAUUGGUGAAGUGGAGCGAGAGUGCUAAAAAGAAGUGAAAAAUUAUUUAAAAAAAAAAGUUGACUGGUGUGUCUUGAGGAUGGGUGAAACGUGAAAAAGAGUGGAUAUAAAAUAAAAAUGAUGUGAGAAGUGUGGAAAAAACGAAUACAACUGAAGGCUUAUUAUAAUAAAAAUAGCUUUUAACAGUGGCUUUGCUCUCUCCGACUGUAAGAAAAGUAUUGAGAAAAAAGCACUAUACACAAGUGAGCAGAUAAGGUUGAUUUGUUCCCUCGACAUAUUUUCUCUCUCCUCAUUUUUCCGUGAUUCGAGAGUGUUGGAAAACCAUCAAUUGGGAAUUGUGUUAAUUUGACGACACAGAGUCUAUGUGGAAUUGUAUUAUUCACAAGAACUAUUUUGCAAAUGAAUUACUAAUUGCUUGAAAGAUUUGUUGGACGACAUCUUCUGGGUUCUCAGGACACUGCUAUUUUCACUGGCCACUGUUUGUAAUUUUCUUUCGCUGUUUCCUCUGAGAGAUACAGCCAUUGUUAGAUAUGUAAUUUUUUUUUCAAAAUUAACAUCUAAACUAAACGUUAUAAAAGCAUUUUGUUGAUGUGAAAAGCAAGUUGAAGGUAAAGGAGUGCGUGUGGAAAUUAUUAGGCCGUUUCACCAGAUUCGCAGCAGAGAAUGGGAAAUUAUUGCAGCACUGGAAUUAAUAAAAAGAACCUAGACAAUGAUUCAGAAAAAUCAGAAGAUUCUCCGUCUUAUCAAUUGAACGACAAGAGGAAGAAGCAAAAGAAAAAUGGCCAGAAGAAAGAGGCUCCUCUCGCAGAUCCAGAGCCCAUUUCAGACAUAUCGGUCAAUGCUCAAAAUACAGCAACUUCACCGAACAAUGGUCAGGAUUCUAAGAUAGUCCAAAAAAUAUCCGGUGAUGGCUUGACCACAGACAAUGAGCCGCUGUCCGCCAGUCCACAUACAUUAACAGCCCCGUGUUCACUUCCCACCGUUACAAAAUCACUUCCCACCAACUUGCAACCACUCCAUGGGAAAAUCUCGACCACACGGCGAACAGAAAAAGAUAAGAAGAUUAUAUUGUAUGUUCUGGCACCUGAUCAAGGAGCGAACUACAACCUCUGUCCUUUGCACAAAAUCUAUGAUCUGCUGCGCCAAAAAUGCGAAAGUCGAGGGUUUGAAUUGCAGAUUUCCAAUUUGCAUAAUAUAGAUCAGUACUCAGAGUCAACGUUCUAUUCUGAUAAAUUUUUCGAGGAAGGCCCUCUGGAGGCACGAUGUGGUCAUGCUCUCUCAGCUAACUGUCUUGCGGAAAUUACACGACAGUCCAACAACAGCUACUUAAUUCCAAUUUUGUACCUGGGUAAUGAACUGGGUACUCAGUUAUUGCCACUAACCAUCGAAAGUCAAGACUUUAGGUCUGUACUUAGCACUGUUGAAAUGGAAAAUCCAGAGAGUCGGGUACUGUUUGACAAGUGGUACAAAGAAGAUAUUACAGCUCAGCCAUCCUGUUAUCGUCUAGAAAGCAUGCCUGACCAAUCUGGCCGAUCCGAAGAAUGGAGUAGGCUUUUAUUAGCAAUGAUCAUAACAUUCACAAAAGAGCUGAGAGAUUCCUAUUUAGCUUCUGUGGUUGAACAAGAAAUUAACAACACUGUAUUGUUUCGUCAAGAACUAGCCAAGCGAUGUAUUUGGAUCCAGACCGCACAACCUUCACCGACAAAUGGUAAAGGACCUCUAGAAACUGAGAUUCUUCGUCGACUUGGAAAAUUUGCUAAUGACUUAAAGAGUCAGCUUCCUGACAGGCACAUUCUGAAAACAUUAAGCCAAGAUCGUGUUGAGCAAUCACUGACUCAGUUGGGAACACUCUUAUCUGAAGAGAUUGAUGCUAUUAUUGAGGAACAUAACAUAAAAUUCCAAAUACCUUUCUGUACUUUUGGCGUUGAUCGUAGAUUAUUUGCAGAGCUGGAAGAUGUUAGUCAGCACUCGAAAAUACUUGGCCAGUCAUGUGCAGAUUCAGUUGUACUUGAUCGUGUUAAAAAAUACAUCCUCGAAGAUUCCACCAAACCAUUUAUUAUUUACGGAAAAACAGGAUCUGGAAAAAGUGUCGUUACAGCUAUGUUAUCCCAGAAUGUUCACACCUGGAUUCCGGAUUGUUGUUUAAUCCUAAGAUAUGGAAAGUUGACUAUGCGAAGCUCAACCUUGGAAGCUCUUUUGCAGUCCAUUUGUUCCCAACUAUCAGUGAUAGUUAAGGAUGGACCAGUGUUAUGUCGCCAUGACGUGUCAACAUACUCAAAAAUAAUCGAAGACUGCCUCAAGAUAGCCACAAGCCGUAUUAUUAUCAUAAUAGACUCUCUGGAUAUGUUAUGGAAUGGUGAAAAUUUAGAUUGGCUACCUGCAACUUUAAAAGAAAAUGUUAAAAUCAUUUUAACUGUUACGACCAAUGCUACUGAUUUAUCGAAAUUAUGUAAAGAUAAUAGUGAUCACAGUGAAUCUCUUAUGUAUGCUCUGAAAGACAAAAUUCAGAGUGAUGAUAAUUUUGUAUUGUCAUCUGCAUUUACCGAAGCUCAGUGGAUGGAUGUAUUAAAUACGGGUGGAAGUGAAUUUUAUGCUGCCAAUGGAGCUCUUCAUUUGCCAAAUGAAUGGAAGUCCUGCGUCGAAAAAACACCCAUUCAAGCUAAAAUCCUUUGGUGGCUAGCGUGGCUCGGUGUAAAAUCUCUGAAGAAUACUUCACUGGAUUUUGUAACAAAUGAAGUAUUUGAGCAACUAGAAAAGAGAUUCACUAAGAGGACCACAAAUCAUAUCAUUUCCCUUAUAAUUGCCUCGCCACAUGGGAUAAUGGAGACAGAGAUAAUGGAACUGAUUGGAGAUAAGUUAGAAAAAAGUCAUGGUUCACCUGCACAACUCUGGUUGAGCUUCUCCUGGUUUAUGGGACCACUUUUGCGUCACAGUAACAAUGUUAGUAUUAUGGAUAGGUUGAUCUUAAAGAUCGCCAAGGAGAGAUAUCGUACAGAAAUUCAAGCAGCCCACAGUAUACUUUAUGAUUACUAUACUGCACGAGAUUCUACUUAUGUGAGUUCUUCAGGCAAAAUAAAAUGUUUAAAUAUGAGGAAAUAUAUGAAUUUGCCUUACCAUGCGUAUCAAAAGGAUCCUUCGGGUUUUGCCAACUCCUUGUAUCUUACAGACUUAUCAUGGAUUUACAAUAAGAUAAAGUGCACUGGAUGCGUUCACAUGUUAUCAGAUAUUGCUCUCUCUUCCGAUAAAAAAGCCGAUCACCUCAAUAUUCUUGAAAAAUUUCUUCGUGAUCAUUUUACAGCUCUUAAUUACGACGUGCAGCAAUUCUAUUCACUUUUGAAAGCGGAUCUAAAAGCAUCAGAUAGUGCAGAUCCCAGAGUAGUAUCGUGGAGAAAGACCUUAAGUGAAAUUGAUGUUAUUUGUUUGGAAAUUGUUAAAGAAAUUGAGCUUAAAAGUGAAUCAUCUAACGAUGCUGCUAAUGCUGCUCUUAAAUGUGACUCGAUCAUUAAUUUAGGUGGUAAAGGAUAUUUCGUGGCUUCCAUUAGGACAGAAAAAGAAGAAAUUUGUAUCUGGGACGUGGAAAGAUGCUGUCGAGUUAGAACUUUCACGGGAAUCCCUCAGCCAUCGGCAAUUUGUCCAGUUGGAGAUUAUGGAGCAGCCGUUCUCUGUCGUAGAGAAAUAAAAGUUUUGGAUCUAGACAAUGGAUGUUUCAAGGUAACACUUAAAGGCGUGAUGAACCAGAAAAUGCCUUAUUUCGGACUUCAUGACUCGAAACAUUUAGUGUGUCUUUCACGUAAUCGGAUGUACGUGAAUCUCAUGAAUCUUGAAUCUGGCGAUUGUGUGACAACAUUCAAAGCUGGUGAAGAUAGAUUCCUUAAUUCUCUUCUCAUUUCUGGGGACGGAAGGAUAUUAGUAUGUGGAGACGAGACACAGAAGCCUUUUCCUCUUCUAGUGUGGCACCUUUCUCAGAGGAAACUACUCUACGACUUACGGAUUCCUCACCAUGAUUUCAUUACCAGCCUCUCUGCCAUAACAUAUGAAGGUUCCUACGUAUGCGUAGUAGCAAAUGAGCUUGCAGAACCUGCUCCUAAUUUUAUUGUUGUAUACGACCUCCAGAGUGGUACAUUGUUCAAAAAAUGGAAACCAUCGUGCAACACAGAAUCAUUAGCUAUUUCCCAGACAAUGACUUGUGUUAUUGCUGGACUGGAGGAUGCAAGGAUUUUUGUUUGGGAUCUUGUCACAGGCAAUUGCAAACUAACUUUAAUGGGUCACAAUGCUCCAGUAACUUUCCUAAAAUUGGAUCCAACCGGAAAAAUUCUCCUUUCGGGUGACAAAGAAGGCAGGGAUCCUUCAAUCCGAAUAUGGGAUCUCGAUACAGGUUCAUCUCUUGCUGUUUUCACUCCAUCGCACAAGAUAUCAACAUGUGAAAUUUUGAGUGACGGGAAAUAUGUGGUGAUUGCUUUAGAAAAUCAAGAGGAUCUUAUAACACUCAGUCUUAAGAAAUUGAAUGAAGAUUUAAACAUUUCUAGUAAGAUUAUAUAUGGUAAAGAAGAAAAUGAGGGUAAAACGUUUGAUCUUCAAAAACAGUAAUUUAACAAAAAAUCCUUUUGUCUCUUUGUGUAAAUAUAAUUAAUAAAAAAGAUACACGAGUUAAAAAUUAUCAUAAUAAUUAAAAUUAAUUUUAAUAUAGAUGAAAAAUCCGAAUUAUUUAUUGACGACCAAAUAUUUAUUGUUUAAUGACUAUUCUCUCAUAAAUGAUCGUGAAGUGAGAGAAAUAUCGUUGUUGUGAAAGUAUAUUAAACUACUGCUUAGGUCGAUUUUCCGUCGAUAGAUGAUACACAUUAUAAAAUUGGGAAAAUAAAUAAAUAUUUAAAAUUGUAAAUUUCUUGUGAAAAUUUGAGUUGAAUGAAAAUUAUGUGAAAAGAUUCGGAUAACAAUUUCUUGGAAAUGCUCGUGGCAAAAAAUUAAAAAUAGUAAACAUUAAUCAAACACGAUAGAAUAUUAAUUAUUAAAAAAUAAAUAAAUGUGUGGUCGUCCUGCUAGAUACUUGUGAAAUAUGACAGUGAAGAAAUAAAGAGUUAUUAUACAAAUUGCUAAUAGAAAUUUAAUAAAAAGUCAAGACAGUAAACAAACAACUAGAAUAUAAUUUAAAGUAUUUGCUUAUAUAUUAAAAUUGACAUAAAAUUUUCAAAUUAGAAUAUUUAACGUUGGUAAUAUUACUAUUGCGUUUUAUGACUAAACAUUUUUUUCUACAGACUGUUUUAAAAUUUUUCUGGCUGAUCUACAAAAAGUAUUCUCCUAUUUUUCCAGUAACAGAUUAAAAAUAUUUUAAAUCACUUUUGUAAAUCAAAUUAAAACCAUAUCUACAUAAAUCACAUUUUUCUAGUUAUUUAAAGUGAAUAAAAGUCUGGAAGAAUAAAUAUUUAGACAUAAAAUUCAGCACUUCAUAUAAAAAAAAAUAAGAUGCCAAAAUUUGCCAUGAGAAAUAUUAAAAAUAUAUAUAUAUUAAAUAAAAAUGAUAUAAUAUAUUACAAGUCACAUGAGAUAAGAGGUGGUAUCUUAGACAGGAUUUUUUUCAAAAUAAUUGUAGUAAAAUUACUCACAAUUUAUUUUAAAACGCUCACUAUGUGCUCUAAAGAUUAUGCAACUCCAUAAAAUAUAUCUAAAGGUAACAUUCAAAUUAAAAAAAAAUAAUAGUAAACAUAAUUUUACUCAUCUGGAAUGAGAUAAGGCAGGUCCUUUUUUUGGAAACAUAAAACACACAAAUAUUCAUAUAGAAAACACAAAAGAAAACUGUAUUGCAUUUUUGGACUUACAAAAUUAUUGUGCAAUAAAAUGUAAUUAAAAAUG